CCCCCCGUAAUGUACGCGUCACCUCGGAUUUUAUUCACCAUAAACACGCUUCUAUUUAUUUUCUCGCCUUCUUGUGAGCGCACACGCGUGUAAAAGAUCAUGACGGAGCCCAGCAAGCAAGACAUUUGUGCCAUUUUCAAGCGACUUCGCUCCGUUCCCACGAAUAAGGUUUGUUUUGACUGCUCAGCUAAAAAUCCAAGCUGGGCCAGCAUCACCUACGGCGUGUUCCUAUGUAUAGACUGCUCUGGAACCCACAGGUCUCUCGGGGUGCACUUGUCCUUCAUCAGGUCCACGGAGCUGGAUUUUAACUGGUCAUGGUACCAGCUGAGGUGCAUGCAAGUGGGAGGCAACGCCAGCGCGGUGUCGUUCUUCAACCAGCACGGCUGCACGGCCGGCGCCGCCAACGCCAAAUACAACAGCCGGGCGGCUCAGCUGCUCAGAGAGAAGAUCAAGAAGCAAGCCACGCACGCCACCAAAAUCCACGGCACCGAGCUGUGGCUGGACAGUCAGGGUUCUGCGCCGUGCGCGUCACCGCAGGAGAAGCACGUGGAUUUCUUCAGUCUCCAUUCUCAGGAGGUUCCGGAAAAUAUGGCCAAAAUGAGCCUCAGCUCUGUCGCAUCGGAGACGCCACGGAACGAGGAAGAAGAGGACGGCCCCAGUGUGGACAUGCUGAGUGCUUCCCCGAAGGCCAAUCCAGAACCUUUAUCUCUUCUCAAGAAGAAGUCCGGCGCCGGCAAGAGAACGACGGCCGCCAAGAGAGGCGGUCUGGGGGCGCAGAAGGUGAGCAGUCAGAGCUUCAGCGAGCUGGAGAAGAAAGCGCAGGCUGCCGACAAGCUCCGGGAGAAGGAAGACUACGUCGUGGGCGAUAAGAAAAACGACGCUGAACCCGUGCAGUCCGUUGCGCCGUCCAUGCGUCUGGCCUACAAAGACCUGGGGGAGCAGAGGAAAAAAGACGAGCAGAAGCUGAAGAGUCUGGACGGGAAGAAGCGGGAGCAAGCGGAGCGGCUGGGAAUGGGAUUCGGCGUUAGGAGCGGCGUGUCUCACUCGGUGACGUCCGACAUGCACAUCAUCCAGCAGGAGCGCCCCCUGGCGGCCAGGAUCAGCAAACCGCGUUUGACCGACGACGACGACGAGGACGAGGGCAGCUUCAGCACAGGGUCGGAAACCGAACGAAAAAAGGGUUCUCCUUUCAUAUUUGAUAUCCUGACUCUUUUUGCUUUUAGGAUCCUGUCCCGUUACGAGCAAAGCGACUCCUCAGACCUGUCCUCCAGAUGGAGCAAGAAAGCCGAUCUGGACUUCUUCUUGACGCCCACCAUCACCUCAUUGGAUGAAAGGCCCGCCUCGCGCAGGAAAGCGGAAGCGGGACCGCUCGCGGGCACGGGAGAAGCUCGCAGGAAGUUCGGCGAGGACGUCAAAGCCAUCUCGUCCGACAUGUACUUCGGGAAGCAAGAUGGCAAAGAGCAUGAAGCCAAAUCGCGCCUGGAGAGAUUCGCCGGGAGUUCUGCUAUAAGUUCAGCCGACUUGUUUGAUGAGCAGAAGAAGCAGACGGCCAGCUCGUACCGCCUGACCAACGUGCUGCCCAGCGCUCCCGACAUGGCACAGCUGAAAAUCGGGGUGCGCAACGUCGCCGGGAAGCUGUCGGUGAUGGCCAGCGGCGUCGUCAACACCAUCCAGGACCGCUACAACUCCUGAAGGACGAAUCCCGACUAUGAGCUCAUCGCAACGUGAACGUGUACACACUUUUUGUACUCGGAGCGACACGCAAUGGAAUGACACCGUCAGUUGCGCCGUGACAAAGAUAAUGGUGUCAUCGUUCACUUCUUUGAAAAGGCCGCAUUUUGUGGUUAAGCUCCGCUCUCAUCAUGUAAAUAUGAGAGGCAUUAUGAAGGUUAUUAUUAUUAUGAAUACGUCUUUUCUAUGGCCCAAGUGCUCUUAAGUAUAUUGGGUGGCCUCGUCAGUUCAUCUCAAGCUCAUUCUAGUCGCUCGUUGUGCGUUAGUAACACAUCAGUCGUAAUAUUUGUGCCGCUUUUUGGGGGUUUUUGUUUUUGUUUGCGUUUGCAGCCCUGUAUGCCUUCUUCUUUGCUUUGCUGAGCGUCAAUGCUAAUAUGCCAAGAUAUCAGAUGGAUACAAGGGGUAUAUUUGUUUCGGAAAAAUGCACAGGAAAUAUCAUAACUAAAUGGUAAUAAAAGCUCCGAAGUGCUCCUAGUGCUCGACUGGAACUGCCGCAGUUCUGCACUACAAAGUGGGAAGUGUUUGUUUUCUUCUUAUGAUUAGUCACUUGAAAGAUCAUCGUAGGGGAUUUGCUGUUCUUUUUCUGUUUGUUAGCUUUUCAAGGCCAUUUUGUCGCUUCGAGGCAUUGCACAUCUUUAAUUUGGGCGUUUAUACAGGCUGAAAGUGCCACUCUUUUGUUGAUUUAUUUUAAAUAUUAGCGCUACUUAUGUUAUUUUCUAGACCUUGGAUGUACUGUAAAACGUGUAAUAGUUAGCAGUGUUAAUGCUGGGAGUUGAAUCUACCAAAUAUUUGUUUACGUCAUUCCAAAAUGCCUUCCUCCAAAAAUAUCGUUGAUUAUGCUGCGUUACCGUGGAGCGAUAUAGUUACAUUAUAGUUACUUUUUUUUUUUUCUUUCUUUCUUGAAUUUGGACCAAAUUGGCAGCUUAUGCCCGAAUGCACUUUAAAGUUGUGUUAAACUGAAUUUAAUUCUGAGAUGUGUACAAGUAUAUCAAUAUGGGAAUAGCUGUCAUGUGAACUGCUGUUUACUAAAUAAAUAUAACUAAAAAGGAAUAUCUAAGAGUUUGUACGCGCUAGUGGCAAUCACAUUGCUGACAAAUAAAAAAUGUUUGCUGUUGUUUA